CACUCACACUCCACCCCCCUCUACUGGUCGGGUGCCAAGAGCAGAGGACUCUGCUGUGCACCAACACGACGAGACUCCGCCUACAUUAUUCUGUGUAUACAUUCUGCUGCAAACUCUGUCUAAGCAGCUUAAUUAGCUGACUCCUCACAGAGGCAUAUGCUUCGGUCUUUUAGGUUUUUGCUACACUUGAAUCCACUCUGUCCAGCGUCAUUGUUUUGCACUCCCUCUCCAGUAUGUGAACACCAACAGAGACAGGACUUGACUGAUAGCUAACGUUACCUAGAUAGCAUCUAACAAUGGCUAACGUGAACAGUAUGGUUUUUCACACUCAAAUAGCCUCAAUCAUGGAUGUUCUAGCGAAUGCAGCCGUGGCAGAGAUCUGUAAAGUCGUAGACGACGACUAUGCAGUGUUUCGUUUGGAAAUAACUCAAAGCCAGAAGGAAAACAGGGCAUUGAGGAGGAAACUACAGCUUCUGGAAAUGAAAGUGUCACGGGAGCGCACAGAGAAGACUAUGCGAGAGCGCGUUCUCGCCAGUCCCAAGAUCCUCGACCGAUACAGAGCAACCGCAAGAGGUGAAGGACAUUUCACUGGAGGCUACAGGAGCUUUGGGAAGCCAGCGGGACACAAUACAUGGAGAGAUGACCAACCAAUCACUGUUGACGAAGGGAGUGGAACCUCAACCCAGCAUGUUAUCGUGAUAGAGUCUGCAGAUGCAGAGGCUGCAGGUCCUGGGGUCAAGGAGGAGAGGUCUGAAGGACAGGAGGACCCGCGUCACUGCAGAGAUAUCCAGACUGGAGCGCCCCCUGAAGCCACGGAGAACCUCGCUGCCGCCGCACCCCAGCCCAGGACCCGACGCAGCAUCAUGGAGGAGGAGGAGGGUCCAGAGGUGCUGCUGGUGAAGGAGGAGGGGUGUGAGGAGGGUCUGGGGAACCCUGAGGAGGCCAUAGUCGUGGAUGACAACCAGACUACACCUCCUCCUGAACCCACAGAGGAACCAGCUGAGCAGCACAGGACCACACACAUUCUCACUGAGCCAGUAGACAUGGAGGAUGGGAAGCCUGAUCUGCUGCUAGUCAAAGAGGAGACAAUAGAAGAUGGACCAGAGAGCACUGACUUGCUGAGUGGACUAAAGAUGGGGGAGCAAGGUAGUUGGCUGGAGGCUAACAGAGACUGGACGGCCAUCUUGGAUUCCCAGACCCAGGCGGGUCCAGCCAAGGGUCCAGGGGACAACAUCACUGAGGCGGCCAGGACUAGAGGUGACAUAGUGAAGUCUGCAGUCCAUGGAGACCUGCUGAUAUCCGGUGUUACUGGCGGGAGAGACUGGACCUCUGAAGUGGCUGGUCACAAACCCUGGCAACAAAUCAGAACCCUGGAUCAGGAGCCGUCUCUCUUCCUUCCUGAAUCGGAACCAGGACCCAACCAAGAGGGACAGAGACUCCACCACCACCACACAGAACACAACCAAUGGACAGGUGGACUGAACAACCUCAGUCCUGGUGGUCAUCAGAGAGACCAAGGCUCCAAUCAGGGAUCCAGUCUGCAGCCCAGACCCUUCUCUUCACAGUCUCAGUGCAGGGAUGAUACAGGGCCUGGGGCUGAUAGAGAUAGACCCUCCUGUUCGUAUGAUACAAACACCACAGUAUCUAUGAUGAAUAGAGCAGGUCACCCUGGGCUUCAGCCUUCACAGGUAGUGGUGGGAGACCCCCCUGGUGGUAGUCGGUCUUCUCCUUCAGGGUCUCAUCUAAUGCCUGGUGGGGUCUGGGUUCAUAGAAGGCCUUGGCCUGAAUCUGGGUCUAGCCUUCCUCAACUACCUCAUGGUUACCCCACAAAUACAGACAGGGUCAGGAUCAGUGUUCACAACGAGACGUACCUAGCCUAUAACACAGCACACAAUCCCAACAACACCCAAACAAUGGCUAGAGGUCAAGGAGGGAGCUCAAACACUAACCACCUGAGGGUGGUGGCUCAUGCUUCUACUUCCUCUGGUGUCAUUUGGUCACAACAUGGGAGGCCGAGCAUUAGGACGGACGCCGAUAAGCCGUAUGCCUGCCCCACAUGUGGGAAGCUCUUUGCUAAGACAAAAUAUAUGAAGCAGCACCAGACCGUUCACACCAAGGAGAGGCCCUUCAAGUGCAAACUAUGUUACAAGAGCUUCUCCUUCUUGAGUUACCUCAUCAGACAUAGGCGUGUCCACAACAGGGAGAAAUUGUAGCUAUUCUUUAGCUGAAAUAUUAUAGUUCUCAUUAAGUCUACUGGGGUCAGAGUUUUUGGGGGAUUACUAGGUCCUUUUAGUUGAUUAUCUGGGGAUGCUCUCAUGAUACAGGCUUGUUGUUUGGUGUGCUGGCAUAGCCAAACAAAAAAACACUGAAAUUAGCCAAAAACUAAGUUUUCAUGAAUUUUUGCAAUACCUUACAUUUUUUGGACUUUGUACCUGUGGAACAUAGUGGAAACCCUUUAAAGCUUGGUCCUUGCCCUCCGGGGGUCCUUGCUAUCCAGAAUCCUUUGGAUGUUACACACAAGCCUCUGAAUUUGGUUUUGCCUUUUUUUCCUAUUCAUAACAAAUGAUUUAUAAUACCUUUAACACAUUUGGCAUAGUCAGGUUGCACCUGUUCCUUUAUGUGAUCAAAUCUGUUAAUAAAU